GGCCCAGUCGCUGCCGCGCGCACGCCGCCCACGCGCGAUCGUUGCUAUCGCGGCCGCCUGGCUGGCCCGGCCUCGCUGCGCGCGGGGACCCUGCCAGCCAUGGCCCAGCUCGGUGACCAGACUCUGCCCGGGCCCGAGACCACGGUGCAGAUCCGUGUUGCCAUCCAGGAGGCGGAGGACGUAGAGGAUCUGGAGGAGGAUGACGAAGGGACCCUAGCGCAGGCAGCUGGGGACCCAGCCCGGUACCUCAGUCCAGGCUGGGGCAGCGCCAGCGAGGAGGAGCCGAGCCGCGGGCACAGCAGUGCCACGACAAGUGGAGGUGAGAAUGAGCGUGAGGAACUGGAGCCGGAGUGGAAGCCCCCGGAUGAGGAGCUCAUCAGGAAGCUGGUGGAUCAGAUUGAGUUCUACUUUUCGGAUGAGAACCUGGAGAAGGAUGCCUUCCUACUCAAGCACGUGCGGAGGAACAAGCUGGGCUACGUGAGCGUCAAGCUGCUCACCUCCUUCAAAAAGGUGAAACACCUCACACGGGACUGGAGAACCACAGCACACGCCUUGAAGUAUUCAGUCACCCUGGAGUUGAAUGAGGACCACCGGAAGGUUAGGAGGACCACCCCUGUGCCACUGUUCCCCAAUGAGAACCUCCCCAGCAAGAUGCUGUUGGUGUAUGAUCUCCACCUGUCCCCUAAGCUCUGGGCCCCGGCCACGCCCCAGAAGAACGGAAGGGUGCAGGAGAAGGUGAUGGAGCAUCUGCUCAAGCUCUUUGGGACUUUUGGAAUCAUCUCAUCGGUGCGGAUUCUCAAACCUGGGAGAGAGCUGCCCCCCGACAUCCGGAGGAUCAGCAGCCGCUACAGCCAGGUGGGGACCCAGGAGUGUGCCAUUGUGGAGUUUGAGGAGGUAGAUGCGGCCAUUAAAGCCCAUGAAUUCAUGGUCACUGAAUCUCAGGGCAGGGACAACAUGAAAGCCGUCUUGAUUGGGAUGAAACCACCCAAAAAGAAACCCCUCAAAGAUAGAAACCAUGAUGAUGAGCCCGCAGCAAGUACCCACCUAAGCAGGUCCCUGAACAAGAGAGUGGAGGAGCUUCAGUACAUGGGGGAUGAGUCUUCCGCCAACAGUUCCUCUGACCCCGAGAGCAAUCCCACCUCUCCUAUGGCUGGCCGGCGGCACAUGGCCACCAACAAGCUCAGCCCUUCUGGCCACCAGAAUAUCUUUUUGAGCCCAAAUGCCUCGCCAUGUUCAAGUCCUUGGAGCAGCCCCUUGGCGCAGCGCAAGGGCGUCUCCAGAAAAUCGCCACUGGCUGAAGAAGGUAGACUGAACUUCAGCACCAGCCCCGAGAUCUUCCGGAAGUGCAUGGAUUAUUCUUCAGACAGCAGCGUCACUCCCUCGGGCAGCCCCUGGGUUCGCAGACGACGCCAAGCUGAGAUGGGGACACAGGAGAAAAGUCCAGGGGCAAGUCCCCUGCUGUCUCGGAAGAUGCAGACCGCAGAUGGGUUACCUGUAGGGGUGCUGAGGCUGCCCAGAGGCCCUGACAACACCAGGGGCUUCCAUGGUGGACAUGAGAGAAGCCGAGCCUGUACAUAAUAGCUUCUAUUUUUAAUACUGCCUCCUUUGAAAACAAACUUUGUUUUCGAGGUCCUCACAAAUAGCUAGCAUGACAGAGAAUGGAAUUCAGUCCCCUUAGAAAGCUUUUGUACCCAUGUAGACCUC